CUGUACAGAGUGAGUAAUCUUUCUGAGCACUAAAGUCUCUCUGAGGAGAACAUAAAAACCCCGCCCAUAUUUCUCCCACAAUGCAUCGGUCCAGUAAACAAAUAUCUGACGUCGGCCAAUGACAACAGAAGUCAAGCUAGCUAACUAGCCCGUCGGAGAGUUGAUCCUGGAAUGUGAGGAUUUAUUCAACUCGUCUCAAAAUAACGUUAAAGAAGACAUUUCAUUGUGCAUUUGUGAAUUUAUCUAAAUUUCAGUUGUUGCUCGUUAAUUUGCUAAUGCUAAUUAGCUGGCAGCCUAGCUAGCUUAACUAUAAAAGAAGUGACGGUAGCUAUUAGCGUACGUUAACUCUAUAUAAUAAAGUAAUAUCUGUUAAACGAGCAUAUUUAAAUAAUGUCUGGACCAAAUGGAGAUCCAAACGUCUCGGUUGACGACGGUAUUAUCAACGACGAAGAUGAUUUCGGCGAUGAAGAAGAGUAUGAGGCCGUCAACUCUAUGCUAGACCAGAUCAACUCCUAUCUUGAUGACCUGGAAGAACGGAAUGAUUCACUUAAUGGCAAACUGCACGAACUUAUGGAGUCAAACCGGCAAGCCCGGCUGGAGUUCAGGGCCCAACUGUCAGGCCCACCGACCCCCGAGGAGCAUUGUCCUGCAGACGGGGACGACUCCUCACCCAGCAAGGAUGACCUGAACAAGGCCAAUGGAGCUGGCAAAUGAGUGACAAGAGUGAGUAGAUGAGUGGGAUUAAGUUCAGCAAAAUGCAGGGAAAGAAAUAUUUAUGACAGUUGACUCAACUCCCAACCUCGGUCUGUUGGACUAGUGACCCUUGAUCUGCAUAGUCCAUGCCUGUCUGACUUUUCUGAAUUUACACCCCCAUCAGCAGACGUGUACAAGUGAUAUUUGCAUCUCCUCAACCUAGUUUUUCUUUGAACUGUGGUGUGCAAAUGUUUUUUUCCUGAGCAGAUUGAAGUUUAUUUACCUCAAGCAACGUCUUAUUCAGUCAGCUGACAUUACUACAGUAAAAUCAAAGAUUAAAAAGCUGGGUCCCUCAGUUUUGUUCAGGUCAAAAUGGGACAUUGUGAGAACAAAUUCCAAAGCCAGGAUCACACCAGAAACAUUUUUAAAAGCAGAUUAAAAAGGACUGCAUUGUUAAUUUAACAAUGACAGUAACCUGCUCAUACUGCAAGAUCAUGAUUGGAUUUUCCCAGAUUGCUAUAAAAAUUUAACUUGCUGAUAUGCACGGUGACCCUUCUUAUGUUGAAACACGUAACUCCUGCCUCUGCAUGAUCUCCAGAAUUUGUCCUCAUGGCCAAAAAGCUUUGCAAUAGCUGUACAAGUUUGUGGUAUCCCAAAAAGUAAAUAUGCAACAUUCCAGAUGUAUACCAUUGUAUUAUGUUUGACCUGCAGCAUGACAGAACUGUUAAUUUUCAUGAACCUCUUUGGGAUAAAUGAUGCAGUCUGAAAAGUGUUUGUAUAUGUUAAGUCAAAAUGAAGUCCACAAAGUAUGGGAAUUGUCAGACAUUUUAAUAUAAAUUAAAAUGACCCCAAACGGCAAACAAACAUCCAAAAAUACAUUAAAUGUCCAGCAGUUAGAAAACAUCACCUGUUUGUUCAUCUCAAUUUGUCAGUAGCUGAAUAAAAAUACAAUAAGAAACAUACAGCUUUGUUUGAAAUUAUAUUUUACACGUCCUUUUCUCUCUCCUGCUCCCUUCUGUUCUCAAAGUAUAGUUUCCAUCAUGUCUUGUUCCUUCAGACAGAACACGAUGCAAUGCUAAUCAUGUGACCGUUACCACCAUGACUACUAGAGUUGCUACAUGUGGCAGCCAACCACGUUUGUGGUUUAAAAUAUCCUUCUCUAACAUGGAGGAUGAAAUGUUUCCAGGAGAGCACACUAGUUGUUCAAGAGGGAAGUGAGGCAUCCUUAUUUAUGCCUUGUGGUUUCUGGUUACUGCUGAAAUGCUGGAAGUUAUACAUUUGUAUAAUCUGUAACAGGUAUCAUCCGCUGUAUGUUACUGGUGCUUAAAAUCAGAGUUUAAAGUUUGCAAGGAUAAUUUGACAUUAAACACCUCCUUCCAUUAAA